AUGCCGAGGAAGCAGGCGAUACCACUUGGGCAGAUCAACAUGCCCGUAACAUUCGGGGAUCCAACCAACUACAGGAUGGAGACCCUCACCUUCGAGGUGGUCGGAUUUCAUGGAUCCUACCAUGCCAUCUUGGGGCGGUCGUGCUACGUGAAGGUAAUGGCUAUCCCCAACUACACGUACCUCAAGCUCAAGAUGCCGGGCCCACACGGGGUUAUCACCAUCGGCUCCUCUUUCCAGCGUGCCUACCAGUGCGAGGUGGAGAGCUGCGAGCUCGCCUCGGCGGUCAUCGCCUCCGAGGAGCUCGAAGUCAUUCGGGAUGAAACCGCGGAGGAGGCGCCCGACUCCAAGCGGAAUUCCAGAUCCUUUGAGCCUGCAAAGGGCGUCAAAGAGAUCCUCAUUGACCUUGACAACUCAAGGGACAAGAGGGUGCAAAUCAGCACAGCGCUCUCCCCCAAAUAG